AUGGACCGUCUCUUGAUUUGGAAGAGGCCGCUAAGUUGUGUUCAAUUCGUCGAGGCAGAUCUGCGACCGGACGCCUCUUUUCAUGCCGAUGCGGUAGAGACUAAGGAUGCGCAAGAGCACCGGCGCAGCGAAGCGCGCUCAGAAAUUCCGUCGGAGCCUUCGAGUUUCGAGUGUGGGACACCAUACAAGUACGGGAUUCCAAGGAAGGAGGGCGACGACUACUGGAGCGACAUAUUUAGGCCACUCGAGGCGACUGAUAGAGACCAGUGUGUCGCGUGGAAGGAGGAGGUGCAGAAUGUCCUGAUAUUCGCAUCUCUAUUCUCUGCUGUGGUCACCGCCUUCAUCAUUGAAUCAUACAAGGAUUUGAAACCCGAUCCCAACGAAACAGCCGUUGUUCUCCUUGGGCGCAUCGUAGCUCGCCUCGACAGGAUAUCGAAUGGCUCAGCAACAUCAGCAACACCGGAUCCCGACCCUUCCACUAUCCCCUUCUCUUUCUCGCCAUCGACAAUACGAGUGAACAUCUUCUGGAUCCUCAGCCUCGUCGUCAGUCUCACGACCGUGCUCAUCGGUAUCGUCUCAUCCCAAUGGCUGCGCGAGCAUCAGCGGUACCCAGCGCAUUUCUCACCCGAGGAGAAGUUCGGGUUGCUGAACAUGCGGACGGAGAUGAUCGAAAAGUGGGGGGUUGCAGCCUUCUUCUCUUCGCUUCCUGUCCUCCUUCAGCUCGCCUUGGUUCUCUUUUUCCUCGGUCUGGCGGAUUUCCUGGUGUCACUGGGUGUCAGUCAGGUCACCAUCCCUGUCGUCGUCGCGAUAUCACUUUCCUUUUUGUUUCUUUUCGCGACGACGGUCAUUCCUGCGUUUCAAGUCUUUACAGUGCUUUCAUGGAGGUCGACGGGUGAUAACAAUGUCCCGGUUCCAUGUCCAUACCAGUCGCCACAGGCGAGACUGCUCCACUUGGCGCUCUCAAGCCGAUUGGGCAGUGUUUUCGCAUUGUACACCUUCCUCCCGAUAUAUUAUGCCAUGGACCAGUCAGUGGCGAAGCUCAAGUCUCCAGACUGGGGCAAACUCUUUCAUGACUUCGUGUACAUGAGCUUUCCUCGCCGAUUCCGCAAGUUCCUGGAGUCGGUCAACAAGUUCUUCCAGCGAAUCCUUCCUCGAUAUCUCUGGAAAGCUGAACUCUCUGACCAGGUUUCCGCUCUCACGCGCGCCCUCUCGUGGCCCGACAUGAACAUAGAAUGGAUUUCCGUCCGUCGAAGUUAUUUCCCGCCAGCCUUCUCUCCCGGUGGACCAGGAUUUUGGGAAAAUGGAUCCUUCAAAAAGGGCGUGGAAUACGGGCCUCCUUACGAUCAGAUUCAAGGCAUCAGCAACGUUUGCGGCCGGUAUCGCUAUCAUGAUGGUAUCCGGCAAGCGGCCUACCACUGCUUCAUUGACUGCAUCUCUGUGCCUGGGCUACGUCCCGGCCAGAUAGCGUUCGCCCCAAGAUCAUGGCAAUUUGCCUGCCCAUACUAUCGGGCUGUUAUCCAGUUGUUGGCGCCGAGAAACGACCUUAUCUACGUCGAACUCGUGCCUCAGAUCGAUACAUUGCAACCCGCCCUAUUACAUGACGAAGCUGUCCUCUUGUUUCUGCGGAAGUUCAUGAAGGGAGCAGCUAAAUGGGAGACGGAGUUGGAGCUUCUCUACCGGACGUAUCGUUCCCUUGACCUUGACAGUUCGAUAGAGUCUCUCGUAGUGCCAACAAGUGGAAGUGAAAUGGCUCAACGCGUUAACCGCCUGCGCUGUGGAGAUGGGCUCGGGGAGGCUAUGUUUUUCAUGGACCCAGUACACUCCAACGGGACAUUUUCAGCUGUAUUUCGAACCGAAUACCUGGAUUCUCUAUUCAACGAUAUUGCUCACAAUUUGUUUCCAUCGACCAUCCACCUCGUUUGCGGUGACUGUCUCGGUUUAUACAUCACUGAUUACCUUUUCAUCCAUCGUCCUGGAAUUCCGACGCAAGCAGUCAGCAAUCUUAAGUACCACUUUAAUUCCUACUGGAAAAGGCCAGGCAUCCAGGCGUUCCUUGUCACCUAUUCUCUACUCGAGGCGUACAGCAGGUUCUCCAACCCAGCGGAUGAAGUUUACCUCCAGAACAGUAGUACCCCUUUUAACAUAUCAGAUCUUGCCAGAGAGAUGCUCCAAGUUUGCGAGGGGAUACUCUCUGAUCCUGAGACCGAACAAAACCGAAUAUUUAUCCAGACCGUAGCUGGUAUAUGGACCAAUUGGAAUCUAGAGCGUGCAGUAGGCUACUUGCAAGGCGGCGUCAUAUGGAUAGACAAGUUGGCGAGCCAGGAUAUUCCUCAUUCUCGACGAGCAAUCCCAGCCACUCUAUCUGUGGAAGAUCUUGGUGCGGCUACGUCACCCGAAAAUGUGCCCCUCCCAGAUGAGGAGGAAUCAGAUCUGGCUUCAAAGGUUCAGGACCACGAAUCACAUCAAGACCACGACGGAAAGACCAAUGGCAUCAUGCACCCACAGUAUCGACACGAAAUAAGGCCUGGCUCAAACUCAAAAAACGAGGAGAUCACUAGCAGCCAGGUAUGA